CGUAAUGAUUAUGCAUGAAAAUUCCAAUACAAGUUGUAUUCUACAUUAAGAUGUUUCAGAAUCUCUAAAGGCUGAAUCCAGAAAACAGUUCUUGAAGAUACAAAUUAUUGAAUGAGAGCGUGUUCGUUCAAAUGCAGCAAUGUGCUAGGGGAGACUUUAAUGAUGAAUUUGAUAGGAUAUAAAGGAUAAUAUAAGGGUUAAUUCAAGUACUGAAGAGUCAAAAUGAGAUGUAUUAUUCCAGCUGCAGUUAUUUUUAUACUCAAUAUCAAGAACUUUGUUUGUGCACAUGCAAAACAUCCAAGGAGCACUUCAGAAUUUAAAAGCUUGGAUUUGAUGUCUCAGCACAAGUCAGAAAGACAACAAACGCUAGAUGGCCUUCUGAGCAACUAUGAUCCACGAAUACCACCAAAUUAUGAAGAAGAUUUUCCGGUAACAGUUCUUGUACAGCUCCAUAUUACUAAUAUAGACAGCAUCAGUGAAUCAAACAUGGACUAUUCUAUUGGAAUGUUUCUUCGACAAACAUGGAACGAUAGUAGAUUAGCCUACAAGAAAAUUCCUGAACUCAGAUCUUUGGAGCUUGACUCUCGUCUAAUUAGCAGUAUCUGGGUUCCUGACCUAUUUAUAACCAAUGAAAAGAAAGCUCAGUUUCAUACAGUUACAGUGCCAAAUAAACUGAUGCACAUUUAUCCGGAGGGACGAGUUCAGUACAGUAUAAGGAUAUCCGCCACAUUACAUUGCAAUAUGGACUUACGGAAAUACCCGCUUGAUUCACAGACGUGUUACGUUAUGAUGGAAAGCUAUGGAUAUAGCACAGACAUCCUAGAAUUUCGCUGGAAUCCAAGUCCUGUAUCGCGAGACACAAGACUUGCUCUUGCACAAUUUGACCUUGGAGAAAUGAAAAGAUUCCAGUGUGAUAAAGAAUAUAUUUCAGUUACAUACACAUGCAUAAUGUUAGAACUGAAACUGACGAGACAGUUUGGUUACUACAUAACACAAAUCUACAUUCCAAGCAUGUUGAUUGUAAUACUGUCCUGGGUGUCUUUCUGGUUGGACAAGGAGGCCGUACCUGCCAGAAUAUCACUUGGAUUGCUGACCGUUCUCACAAUGACAACACAAAGUUCUGGUGCGCGAGCGUCUCUACCAAAAGUGUCUUACGUAAAAGGUAUUGACGUAUGGAUGGCAACGUGCUUGUUAUUUGUGUUUGCCGCUUUGAUUGAAUUUGCAUUCGUGAAUGUGCAUACUCGUGUUGAGAAACGCCGACAACAAAAAACAAUACCAGAAAAUGAAAAAAUGCAGAAUGUGAAAGACGCUGGUAAUGAGAAAACAGAAUUGGACGAGAAAGAACAUUCAAGAUUUCAAAUGUUUAUGCCAGGUCGCGAGGUAGCUCAUACUUGUGAUCGUAUAUCCAGACUGGUUUUUCCCCUUGUCUUUCUGCUUUUUAAUAUAAUACACUGGUGUGUCUACACAUUAUGGAUUCCAAACAGUACUACCAUUUCCUAAAGAGAAGUAAACGAUAUCGUAUUUGCCAGACUGUUUGCAAUGCAGCUAUUUCUGAAUUUGUGAGAAGCAUCAGGAAAGAACUUAAAUGUACAAAUUGCUUGUUUGAUACAUGCACAAUCACCGCCUACAUAGUUUAUAAUCAUUACGAACGUUUUUCGGUAUUCGGCAUUUUUGUCAGCUUACUGUUGAUUAUUCAAUUGUUUAUUUGUUGUUUGUUUUGUUUUAUCAAUAAACUUCAUGUAUAUCAA